AUGAAACUUCUUAGUUGUGUAUCGGCCGCGUUGGUAUGUUUCGGACUAGUCCAAGGAUCCUCUUACCCGAAGAAAGAUGAAGAAUUGUCUUUACCAGCUUUACUUAAGAUUGAUAAGUUGAAGACCUUAGACUCACACUGGUACACAUCAGGUAAUAUCCGAUUGGACAAUGGGAGAUUGAUUAUAGACUCCAGCAAUGAAGGAUAUGGAGGUAUUUGGUCCAAACAAACGUUGAAGCCCACUUCGGACGAAUGGACCAUUGAAUAUGUUUUCAGAUCAACCGCCAAUGAAGAAGACUUGAAAUAUGGCGAUAAGAAUGGGUUCCUGUUCUUCAUGGUUAAUGCUGAUUCGUUUGAUGUAAAGAACACGGCGAACUUUGGAGGUCCUAGCAAAUUUGAUGGGUUUCAGUUUCUUAUAAAUAACAAGGAACAACCUGGUUUGAAGAUCUUUAAUAACGAUGGGACUAAAGAGAUCGCCAAUCAAAUUAGUGAGUCUAUUGGUAAUUGUCGGUUUUCAUUUAUCAACACUGAUGUUCCAUUUACCAUAAGAGUUUCUUAUUCCAAGUCAAGGAAAUGGUUUAAAGUUCAAAUCGAUAACAAUGUUUGCUUCAAAACUGAUAAGAUCACGAUACCUUUAAAUCUGAUUAAAUUGGGACUUGCUGGUUCUGUUACUUCGCCCUCUAAGGAGUUAUAUGAUGUUUUGAAGUUAUCUGUUUGGGAUAGUUUGACUCCUGAUGCCAUUGAUGAUCAUGGAAUACUUGUUGAUGGGAGAAUCAAAGCUGCUGUGAAACAAGAGGUUGUUCAAGCUCAUCCGCCUACUCAAGGAAGACAAAGUAUUAUGGAAAAGAACAGACAAUUACGUGAACAAUUGACGGGCCAACAAAAGGUUGAUCUUCAACCAGUAUUACAACGGUUAGAUGGUUUACAGAAACUCAUCAAUGGUUUACCUCACCCUGGUUCGACUCCAGUCCAGGACAAUAAUAACAAUGAUAAUAUUAAUGAGCAAAUGAUAAAAUUACAAGAAUCAUUUGAAGACUUCAAAAUCACAUUAACGGGUCAGUUCAAAGAGUUAUUGCAAGGGAUUUCCCAAUUGAAUGAGAAGGUCAUUGGAGAGGUUAGAGAACAACAAUCCAACAUUGAAGAAAUAGGUAAGAAGGUGGACUUGUUAAUGAACCAUCAUAAGGAAAUCCAAUACCAAAACCAAAAACAAGAUAGAAUGGAAUCUCCAAGGGAUAAUCCAGAUUUAAUUAAAGUCAUUAUCAAAUGGAUCUUGCUUCCAAUUGCCAUUAGUAUCUUGAUUUUAUCCAUCUUUAUCUUCAGAUUAAGACAUGAUAUCAAACAUUCAAAGUUGUUAUAA